AUGCUCAACAUGUCCAACAUCAUGAGCAACCGCAACAGCACUCCAGAGGCCUCGAGCAUCUCGUCGUUGCGUCCGCCCUCGUCGCGCGCGGUCGGUUCAACCCCCCACGGUCUUCGUGCGUCGGCCGACAUGGCUUCCUUAACCGGAAAAAGUGCCGCGGGCAGGAUCCGACCUUCGUCCGACUUCUAUGGCCAGGUGCAUACCGGGUCCGGUCAGGGUAACGCCGACCUGGACCCGCAGGAAAAGCUCGCCCAGCAGUGGAUUGCAGACAUUGACCAGUGCGAGACCACACUCGAGGAAAUGGCUGCUGCAACUCUCGACCAGGACUUCAAGGAUGAACUGAGCGCUAUUGAGCAGUGGUUUCGCGUUUUGAGCGAAGCCGAACGCACGGCUGCUCUGUAUGCGUUGCUUCAGCAGGCCACGCAGGUCCAGAUCCGUUUCUUCAUUCAGGUCUUGCAGCAGAUGGCGAAGAACCACCCUCUGGCGGGCGUUCUGUCUCCUGCGAACUUUGAUAAGGACCCCAUGUCGAACCGUUUGAGCGACGCUAUGAGCAAACUCAAUGUUAACGAUUCGGCUCGGAACUCGUUGGCUCGCCCCAGCGGCAGCACGAACGUCAAGCGUUCGUCAGGUCUCGAUCCCCAGACGAUCAAUGCCAUGUUCCCCGACGCCGCUGCGGCCAUUGCUUCGGAGAAGGCCAAGUUUGCGCAGCAGAUGGGCACCACUCCUAGCUCGGCUCGGAACAGCAUGGUGGACAAUCGUAAUUCUUUGGUUGCCCCGACUAUUUCGGCUCCCAAAGAGGAACAGAAUCCUGCUUCACCCUGGGGGCCUAAUCCCAAUGAUCCGUCACGUCCUAAGUCCUCGGGUCAGACUUCGACCAUUGGCCAAACCCCCAUGGGACAGGCUCCGAUGGGUCAGUUUGUGCAGCCUCCCCCAUCGGCUGGUGCUUUGCGUUCUCCCCGUCCUCAGAUUACGAGCAACACCAAUAUCCAGUCGACCACGCUUACUGCGCCGGAGCAACCGCUUACCGAUCUGCCCCUCCUGUCUCCCUACGGUGGUAGUGGUAAUUGGGCUUCGAUGGUAAACACCCCCUUGGCGCCGACCUUCAGCCAAGCGCAGGUGAACAGCCCCGCCGCCGCUGCUGAUAUGGUUGCGAAUGCCACGGCCAUGAAGCUUGCGGCUCUCUCAACUGUCAAUAAUCGGUUCGCGCUCGAUGAUGUUCGCAAGUACCGCCGUGCUCGGUCGAAUGAGCCGGGUGGUCAGAGCCAGAAUAAUAACAAUAACGCCAACAACACUCUAGGCUCGGGUGCUCCAGCGAUUCCCGGAACGAUUACCGUCAGCGAUCAUAGCACUGGCACCUUAGGCCGGGAUCAAAUGAUGCUUCCACAGGAGCAGAACAUGAGCUUUGCUGCGCACCGGUCGCGGCCCAACUCUCCUGGUAUCGCGCUGCAGAACUACGGGGCGCCGGCGCUGCCCUUCGCUUCUCCGCAAAAUAAUGGUUUCUUGAGCGCCUAUAACGGUGCGUCGACUCUUUUGCCUAAUGGACUGGCUCCAGUGAAUUUUGCGCAAUUUGGGCUGGGCGGGCACCACGAAGGCUACCAUUCGGACCACUCAGAGAUGGUUCGCGGCCGGUCUCCGCGUGGCCGGAGAGGCACGUCAAAGCCUCCUGAGGAUCCUACCGACCCGACACUUCUGCAGGACAUCCCUGCCUGGCUGCGGAGCUUGCGCCUGCACAAGUACACGGAGAAUCUCAAGGAUAUGAAGUGGCAAGAGCUCAUUGAGCUGGAUGACAAGCAGCUUGAGGAGCGUGGCGUCAAUGCGCUGGGUGCUAGACGCAAGAUGCUUAAGGUAUUCGAGCAGGUCAAAGAGGCCAGGAGAGAGGGGAAGCUUCCGGGCUAG